UUUAUAUUUUGAACGAAAACAGGCAAAGAAACCCUUCCAAUAAAACCCUUGACGGCUGCGCAGCAUCGCAUCGCCUCUUCCUUCCUGUCCCAGAGAUAGUCACAACGGUCGCUGAUCAUCGACGCUCCUCAUCCCCUUAGUAUCACAUUCAGACGUUCUCUGGGGGUUCUUUUGUUUUGGGAGUGCAGUUUUUGGGAGAACUGUUCGAAAUCAGCUCCGGUGCGAGGUGUUUUUCGAUUCGGUUACACUGCCUGUCUUCUGGACGCCUGGAAAUUUAAGGAAAGAGAGCCGGAAUGAGUCACACUUUGUAUCACUGCAGUAAUGCAUUAUGUAAGUUUGUUCAAACGAAUCAAUAUUUGCCUAAAGUGAGGCCUUUUCCGAGCUAUUUCGCGCAACGAAAAUUAGUUUCAAAAAGGAAUUUGAACAACGUCCGCUUGCCGGUGAUAUUGAAUUGUGUGAAAGCUGGAAAUGAGCGAGGAAAUGUUCAGAAAAGUGGUGAUUUGGCUGAUGGAGGGGGUUUUAGUUUUAUAUCAUCCGAAGUUGGGAAAAGAACUGAUAUAAAGAAGAUCUUGAUAUUGGGAGCUGGACCUAUUGUUAUAGGGCAGGCUUGUGAGUUUGACUAUUCGGGCACUCAGGCUUGCAAAGCCCUUAGAGAGGAGGGGUAUGAGGUGAUUCUGAUUAACUCUAAUCCAGCUACUAUAAUGACUGAUCCUGAGAUGGCAGACAGGACUUAUAUUGAGCCGAUGACUCCGGAGUUAGUUGAGCAAGUUAUUGAGAAAGAGAGGCCCGAUGCUUUGUUGCCUACAAUGGGUGGGCAGACCGCACUAAAUCUUGCUGUAGCACUGGCAGAGAGUGGUGCGCUUGAGAAGUAUGGAGUAGAGUUGAUUGGAGCAAAGCUUGAUGCUAUAAAAAAGGCCGAGGAUAGGGAUUUGUUCAAGCAGGCAAUGAGGAACAUUGGGCUCAAGACGCCUCCUUCUGGGAUUGGGACAACGUUGGACGAGUGUUUUGAUAUUGCCAAUUCUAUUGGGGAGUUCCCGUUGAUUAUCAGGCCAGCAUUCACGUUGGGAGGGACCGGAGGUGGGAUUGCUUACAACAGGGAGGAGUUUGAAGCCAUUUGUAAGUCAGGACUUGCGGCUAGUGUUACGACUCAGGUUUUGGUGGAGAAGUCUUUGCUAGGAUGGAAAGAGUAUGAGCUUGAGGUUAUGAGGGACUUGGCUGACAAUGUGGUUAUUAUCUGCUCGAUUGAGAAUAUAGAUCCUAUGGGAAUCCACACUGGGGACUCUAUCACAGUUGCUCCAGCCCAGACAUUGACAGAUAAGGAGUACCAACGGCUCAGAGAUUACUCUAUUGCAAUUAUCAGGGAAAUUGGAGUUGAAUGUGGUGGUUCUAAUGUUCAAUUUGCUGUUAAUCCUGAAGAUGGAGAAGUGAUGGUGAUAGAGAUGAAUCCCCGAGUUUCGAGAUCAUCUGCUUUGGCCUCCAAAGCAACUGGUUUCCCAAUUGCCAAGAUGGCUGCUAAGUUAUCAGUGGGUUAUUCAUUGGAUCAGAUUCCUAAUGAUAUUACAAAGAAGACUCCAGCAAGUUUUGAGCCUUCCAUAGAUUAUGUUGUGACAAAGAUACCCAGGUUUGCCUUUGAGAAGUUUCCGGGCUCGGAACCAAUUCUGACUACCCAGAUGAAAUCUGUUGGUGAAGCUAUGGCUGUUGGCAGAACGUUUCAAGAAUCAUUCCAAAAAGCAGUGCGGUCAUUGGAAUCUGGAUACUCUGGAUGGGGUUGUGCACAGAUCAAGGAACUUGACUGGGACUGGGAACAGUUGAAAUACAACCUCCGGGUACCAAGUCCAGAUCGUAUCCAUUCUAUAUAUGCUGCACUGAAGCGUGGGAUGAAGGUAGAUGAUAUACACGAAUUGAGUUUUGUGGAUAAGUGGUUCCUCACUCAGCUUAAAGAACUUGUGGACGUGGAACAAUAUCUCUUGGCGCAGAAUUUGUCCCAGCUGACAAAGGAUGACUUAUGGGAAGUCAAGAGGAGAGGAUUCAGUGAUAAGCAGAUAGCGUUUGCUACAAAAUCCUCUGAGGAAGAAGUUCGAUUGAAGCGCUUGUCUUUGGGAAUAAAACCAUCCUAUAAAAGAGUUGACACAUGUGCAGCCGAAUUUGAAGCCAACACCCCAUACAUGUAUUCAUCGUAUGAGUUUGAGUGUGAAUCUGCUCCGACUAACAGGAAAAAAGUGUUGAUUUUGGGAGGAGGGCCAAAUCGAAUUGGGCAGGGUAUUGAGUUUGAUUAUUGCUGCUGCCACACAUCUUUUGCCCUUCAGGAUGCAGGCUAUGAAACGAUAAUGAUGAAUUCCAAUCCUGAAACAGUAUCGACUGAUUAUGACACUAGUGAUCGCCUCUACUUUGAACCUCUCACGGUGGAGGAUGUCCUGAACGUCAUUGACUUGGAAGCACCCGAUGGAAUUAUUGUGCAGUUUGGAGGGCAGACUCCCCUAAAGUUAUCUCUCCCUAUUCAGCAGUAUUUGGAUGAGCAGAAGCCCAAGAGUGCCAGUGGUUCUGGAUAUGUUCGAAUCUGGGGCACAUCCCCGGAUUCCAUUGAUGCUGCUGAGGAUAGGGAGCGGUUCAAUGCCAUCUUGACAGAGUUACAGAUUGAGCAGCCAAAAGGAGGAAUUGCAAAGAGUGAAGAAGAUGCUCUUGCUAUUGCAGCUGAAAUAGGGUACCCUGUUGUUGUUCGGCCUUCCUAUGUUUUAGGUGGCCGGGCAAUGGAGAUUGUUUACAGCGACGAGAAGCUUGUGACUUACCUUGAAACUGCAGUAGAAGUGGAUCCAGAUCGCCCUGUUUUAGUCGACAAAUACUUAUCUGAUGCCAUCGAGAUCGACAUUGACGCACUUGCUGAUCCACACGGCAAUGUAGUGAUUGGCGGAAUAAUGGAACACAUCGAACAAGCUGGUGUCCAUUCUGGUGAUUCGGCAUGCAUGCUACCCACCAAAACAGUAUCAUCUACAAGCCUGGAAACCAUCAGGUCAUGGACAACAAAAUUGGCUAAGAGGCUGAAUGUUUGUGGUUUGAUGAAUUGCCAAUACGCAAUCACAGCUUCCGGCGAUGUGUUCUUACUAGAGGCCAACCCACGCGCCUCCCGGACAGUCCCAUUUGUGUCCAAGGCGAUCGGUCAUCCCCUAGCGAAAUACGCAGCGCUCGUCAUGUCCGGAAAGUCCCUUCAUGAUCUCAACUUCACCAAAGAAGUCAUCCCAAGACAUGUAUCUGUGAAAGAAGCCGUUCUCCCAUUCGAGAAAUUCCAAGGGGCCGAUGUUCUCCUAGGACCCGAAAUGCGCAGUACAGGUGAAGUCAUGGGGAUAUACUACGAGUCCUCAAUUGCAUUUGCGAAAGCCCAAAUCGCCGCGGGACAAAAGCCGCCUAUGACAGGAACUGUCUUCCUCAGCUUAAACGACCUGACGAAGCCCCAGCUCCCUCCCAUUGCCCGAGCCUUCCUCAGCCUCGGAUUCAACCUUGUGGCGACAUCCGGGACAGCCCAUGUUCUUGAAUCAGAAGGUAUCCCCGUUGAGCGGGUGCUGAAGAUGCACGAAGGGCGGCCCCAUGCUGGUGACAUGAUUGCCAAUAGGCAGAUUCAGAUGAUGGUGGUUACAAGCUCCGGCGACCAGCUCGACCAGAUCGACGGACGGAAGCUCCGGAGAAUGGCUCUUGCUUACAAAAUACCUGUUAUUACUACAGUUGCAGGGGCUCUGGCCACAGCUGAUGCGAUAAAGAGCCUGAAGUGCAACAAGAUUGAGAUGUCGGCUCUUCAGGAUUACUUCAGUUCGGAGACGGCAGCUGAAAGCAGCAAACCUCUGCAAUCAGUUGUCUAGUUGCAGUAAGUUCUUACGGUGGUUUUGUUUUUUUCACUUCUCUUUUUUGAUGGAUUUUCAUGUUAUGUUUGGCAUUUCCUGUUGCCUGCGACCUAAUAAGUGAUUUUGUUUUCAUUUAAAAAAUGGGCUUCUUUUGGUUGUUGACCAUUUUA